AUGAGUGAUGCUGGCGAUUCGAAGCUGGCGAAAGAGCAGAGCGAUGCUUCAACUGGAACUUGCAAUGGUAAUGGUACUGGUAAUGGUACUGGCAGUGGCACUGCCACUGCCAAUGCUACCACCACUCCCACUCCUACUCCUACUUCCAUUCCCACGGCCGCUGGUAGUGUAACCGAUGUAACUGCGACGUCCUCGAUGGUGCUUGCGAAGCUGGACGAUAUCUCCAGCAGGCUCACCAUGUUGGAGUCUAAUUUCAACAAUGUGUUCAGCAAGAUCAACGACCAGAACUCGAUGAUCCUGGACCUGAAGCAGAACAACUCGCACGCGUUCCUGCGGUUGUCCUCGAAAGUGAACAAGCUGGAGACGCAUGUGGCUGCGCUCGCAAGCAACAACCCGCAGUCCGCGUUUGUCACAGACCUGCUGAACUCUAUCACGAAUGUGAGCAGCUCAUACCUGCGGAAGAUGAAGCACAAUGGCGCGGAGAACCUGAACGUGCAAUUGAGCACGCACGAGAACGGGUUCGUGCACCCAACGCCCAACGACUCCCCAAACAUGAUGGGGCCCAUAUACUACAACCAGAUAGAGACCAGCAAAGCCCGUGGACAAUUGAAGUCGCUGAACAGGAAGAAGACGUUCACGCUGAACCCGAACGGUAUAAAGAAGAGGAGGCUGGGCCAUCACCACGGCAACAGCGGCAGUAGGUCCAAUAACUUGAAUGUCACCUUCGAUAUCACGGGUCAGGUGGGUCAGCCUGGCUACGACACCUCUUUGAACUCGGCGACUCCUAAUAACCAUGCGAUGACACCUUCUAAUGUCAUAAGCUCAUCGAACUCUUACUCCGAACUACAAUCGUUGAAUGGAUUGCAAAGCAACACUACUGCGUCGGAUGGCAGAACACUGUCACCUGUGAACACAGUACAGGCCCUCAAGACACCCUAUCUGACCGCUACAAAUCAGCAUAGUCUAAAUCAUGGAUCAUUGAAUAAUUAUAACUUGAAUUUUCCACAAUUCUUGGACAACACGAAUAGCGUUACAUUGUCGAGGUUGGGGUCAUCGUCGCCCGUGGAGAAAAGAGAUGGCAUAGUCAUGUCGCACUCGGCUCCCCAGUUAGAUAAUGGUUCAAUUACAUACCCUGACAAUCGUCUUCACAUAAGGAAUCAGGCUUCGCAGGAUAUCUUGGGCGGUGCGUCUCAAGGGCAACCUCAAAAGAUUAAUAACAUUGAUGAAGACGGGUACCAAGAAGACGAUGAAGAGGAAGAAUCAGAGUUGAAUAAGCAUAAGAACAAAGUUGGUAAUCUCAAGUAUAACACGACACUUACUGACUCACACUCGAUCAAUGAUGAUAGAAAACCUACAGUUAAUGUCUACGCCAGUACAGGUCACCCUGUCAAUAAUACCAAGAGUGAAUAUCUUGAAGAUGAUGAGUCUAAUGACAGUGAUAACUCGCAUGAGACUGAUGAAGAAUCUGAGGAUGAAGUGGAAGAAUACGAUGAAGAGGAUGAUAUGGUAAACGAAGAGGAUAGACAGCCUUAUAGCAGGAAGCCAAAGGAACCAGCAAGUGAGAGGAAACGGAAAAAAUUGAGAAAGAUCAACAAGUACCGUAACAAUGUUAUAGAACCAAGAAAGAAGGAUGACAAGGAGAAGGAUGCCCAAAAUAGUGAUCUAAAUUAUAUGUUGCUGAAGGCACCAUCCAGUGUAAAGACCAUCUGGGAAGAAUACGUUAAUGGUAUAGAUGGUAACCCUUCCAUUAGAGGGUUGGAAGAGAAGUAUGGUAAUAAAUGGCGUAUAAAGAGAAACAAAAAGACAUUUUCAAGAAGAAAACGUCUGUACAAAUUCAUUCUCAACGGUAUCGAUAAGGGCAAAACUGCUGACGAGAUGAUCGACAUGUUAGAGAAGCAGAGACUGUAUAGGGAUGAGAAUGGUGAGAUCAAGAGAAGAACGAUCGGUUGGCUGCAACAGAGCCUGAUAGGAAUAUGA